AAAUAUAUGAUUCAGGAUUUUGUGUCUUUUUCGCGAUAAGGUAGAUGAAUAAUAAUAAUAUUGCAAGUGGAAGCGGUGAAUCGUAAACUUGACUACUUUACCUACUUACCGUCAACCGAAUAAUUUAUGUCCGUUUAAUUCUAUUACGUGUACGAUAUUCGUUUUCGCCGUCGAAGUUUGCCGACUUGUAAGCGGUUUUAAAUAUUACUUGUCGUUGUCUUUGACUUUCCGCCCAUUAAAAGGUGCCUACCUAAAGAUGGAAGUUUGCACCAACGAGAAUGGGAACUGUGCGGUUGCGAGUGAAGAUUUAUCGUGGGCAUUGCAAAUUGGAGAUCUUGACACGGUCAAAGAACAGUUGCAGAGACUUGCUAAAGAAAACGGGGAUUGGGAUAUAAACAAUGUUUCAAAUGGAAGAACCAUGUUACAUAAGGCUUGUGAUUACGGUCAUUUGGAUAUUGUCGAAUACUUAAUUCAAAAUGGUGCUGAUAUAAAUAAGAAGGACAAUUUUGGUAUAACCCCAUUGCUGUGUGCUCUGUGGGAAAAUCAUUUCAAAGUUGCCAAGUAUUUAAUUGAUAAAGGAGCAAUUACAAAUUUAUUAACACCACAAGGAUUGAAGUAUUAUGAAUGCAUUGAAGAUUCUGAAAUGAUCAACUUAUUAAAACGACUAGAAACUCAAUAGUUAUUUAUAUUACUUUAAUUCAACAAUUUAAUAAUUGAAUAAUCUAUCUGUCUUUAUGUACCUCUAAUGUUAUUCACAUAUUAUUUGGGAUAGUUAAAUAACAUAAUAACUAAUUACAUUUAAAAAUUCCUUUUAUUUAAAAUAACUUUUUUAAUGGAUAGUUAUCAUUGUUAUUAUUUAUUAGACUUAUAAUAUAACAUUUCACAUUUAUUCAUCUACUAUCCUUAUAAAAUAUUCUAGAUUCAUGAAUGAAACGAUUAUAAAAUAAUGACUGGAAUUAUAAUAUUUAUAAACACUUGUUCCUAUAGUAAAUUGUUGGUGGAAUAAUUUGACAAUAAGUGAUAAAGUUUUCAUUGUUAUUAUCAUAAUUAUUAUUGUGUGUCAAUCAAGUAAUGAAUGAUCAAUUAAAAUUAAUCCAAUAAAUAAUUUUUGUGAAGU